AUGGCGGAUAGGGAUCAGUUGGGAGAGAGGUAUAGGGGAGAGACUGGCGCUCACGGCUAUCCAACUAAAACUCUACGGGGGAUUAUAAAGCAAAAGCUUUGGGACUUAACCCACGGAUUGUCAAAACCCAAAACAACCCAAAAAACACCAGAAAACAUGGUUUCAACACAAGUACUAACUAUACUAACCGUACAAACAAUACUGCUAUUAACGGGCGGCACAUCAUCGGCCGCGCCGGGCGUCGACAGUGUGCGCCAAUGCGAGCCCAUACGGAUCGACAUGUGUCGGGGGCUGGGCUACAACGUGACGGGUAUGCCGAACAUGGUGGGCCACGAGUUGCAGCAAGAUGCCGAACUACAGCUCCAGACAUUCACACCACUCAUCCAAUACGGCUGUUCAUCGCAACUGCGGUUUUUCCUGUGCGCUGUCUAUACGCCCAUGUGUACGGACAAAGUGCCCAUCUCCAUCGGCCCGUGUCGACCCCUAUGCGAAGCGGUGCGGCACCGGUGCCAACCCGUGCUCCAGGAGUUUGGCUUUCCCUGGCCGGCGGCCCUCAACUGUAGCAAAUUCCCGCUGGAGAACAACCACCAGCACAUGUGUAUGGAGGGCCCGGAGCCCGAACAACACGAACGACUGCCCAAAUACCCGCCGACAGCUGUCAUGCCUACCGGCGCUGGCGGUGGUGGACAGGGAGGCAGUGGUGGUGGUGGUGGGGUCAUAAUCCCCGCCUACUACUAUAUCAACCGCACCGAGAGGUGUGCCCACAACUGCUCGGCCGACAUCCUGUUCACCGCCGACAACAAACACUUUGCCAGCAUAUGGACAGGCAGUUGGGCCGCCCUAUGCCUGCUGAGCACCCUAUUCACGAUCAGCACAUUCCUGGUCGACUCGCAACGGUUCCGCUACCCGGAGCGGGCCAUCAUAUUCUUGGCCGCCAACUACUGUCUCUACUCCAUGGCCUACAUCUACCGGCUGUUGGCCGGCCGUCAAGACGUGAGCUGUCACGUGGACUCCCAACACAACGUACCGGUGCUCAUACAGGAGGGCCUGGACAAUGUCAACUGUACCAUCAUAUUCGUGUUGCUGUACUUCUUCGGUAUGGCCGCAAUGGUCUGGUGGCUAGUGUUGGCGCUCACGUGGUUCUUGGCCACGGCGUGCCAGUGGUCGCCCGAUAGGAUCGACAGCAAAUACACCGCCUAUCACUUGGCCGCGUGGAUACUGCCGGCCCUCAAGACAAUUGCCAUUCUAGUGAUGCGUGUGGUGGACGCCGAUGAGCUGACCGGCACCUGCUAUGUGGGCAAUCAGUCACUGUCCACGUUGUUAUACUUUGUGAUCGUGCCCUCAGCGGCGUAUCUCACGCUCGGCCUACUGUUUCUCAUCGUUGGGUUGCUGUACAAAGUGUUGGGCACCGAACGCCCGAUUUGUCACACGUGUAUUAUACCCGCGGCCGGUCGGACACGGCUCCCAACACUCGGCACUCACCGCCAGUUCCCAUCACACAAACCCGCAUCCGUUGCUGUUGUCCGGCGGCCCGACACCAGUGGUGGCCACAGCCAACAGUUGUUGCUAUAUAACAAAAGCGGUGUCAGUGGCGUCGGGUGUCAAUCGGUGGCCACCACUGGUGGUCACCAGUCGUCGGAAAAGCUGUCGCCACCCAUGUAUCGGAUGGCGCUGUUCGCGCUGACCUACACCGUGCCGGCCGGUUGGGUGUUGGGCACCAAUAUCUACGAGUACUGGUGGCGCAACUCGUGGUACCUGUUGUCUGCCGGCGCGGCCAACGAGCGGCCCAACGUCGAGAUAUUCACGCUGAAGAUCUUCAUGUCGCUCGUGAUUGGGAUCAAGACAGGGCUCUGGAUGUGGUCAUCGAAGGCGCCGUUCCGCACGUGGCGUAAAGUUGGCAAACGCCUGGUGCAAAAGAAACAGCCCUUGCCCAUUUACCUCCAGGGCACUAAUGGUGGUCUGGGCGCCCAUAAACAGGCCCUACUCGUCGGUAAUGGUCACGCGGGCGGUGGCAGUGGUAAACGACCGAGAGUUAAGGGCAAUGGCAACGAGACAGCCAUCCCAUACCAAUUCGCCCGAUCCAUGACCAGCGCCGAUUUUUGA